GGAACAGUUCAAGAUGAAGAUUUCUGUGGUUACAUUUUUCUUCUUUUWUGCGUGUGUGCUUGAAAUCACAGCUCAGCCAACAGGAGAGGUAAGUGAUACAGAUGAUGGCAUCAUUCAGUCACCUGUUGRCCAAGACCAUGGCACAGCCAAAGGCCAGAAAACCAUUGGGCAACUUUUUAUCAUCAUAAGAGAGCUAGAAGCCAAACUUGGAGACACUGAGAAAGAGAUGGAGGUMCUGAAGUCACAAGUUCAAGGCAACAAGGUAGCAUUUGGUGCAUCCAUAAGCGACGGUGAAAAUAUAGGACCUUUUAAUACCCACACCACACUGGUCUAUAAAAAGGUCUACGUAAAUACAGGAUCAUUCAACGUGGGAACAGGUAUUUUUACGGCUCCUGUAAAAGGAGUCUAUUACUUCAGCUUCUCUGGACAUAAUCAUUCAACUCAACCAAUGGGCCUGCAACUGAUGAAGAAUGGAGAGCAGAUGGUCACUGUCUACAACCAUGCUGCUGGAAACCGUCCUGAGACGGCCACCAAUGGGAUGACUCUGCAGCUUGAAGUUGGAGACCAGGUUUACGUGAGACUGAUGGAAAACACCUGGAUUUUUGACAAUUACAAUGAUCAUGGCACAUUUAUUGGCCAUUUAUUAUUCCCUCAGUAAAGGUUGUGAACAAAUAACACCUUUGUAUUAAAUCUAAAUGGAUGAAAGUGAAGAGAAAAAAAAAUUGCUUAAUUUCAGUCGUAAUGCUUAGUAAAAAUACUUUUUGUUCAAGGCAUAGUUUAGAACAAAAUUAGAAUCAGUGCAUAAUGUGUGUUAAAUGUGAGAAACGAUGUUCAAGUCAAUUCAAAAUCAUAUUUGACCUAGUAAGUUAUUGGUAAUUAUACACUUACUUUUUAAAGUAAAAAAAAAAUCAUUUCUUUUUUCGUUUUUUGAAAAUCCAUUUGUUGUACUCUCAUCUUGUGCUUUUAUUUUUACAGUCUAAUAAAGACACACAUUUCUUUCAUUGCAAAAACCUGUUUCAUUCUUUGAAAAACCAUUUGUGGUGAAGUUCCUUUCAGUUUUACACAAUGAUGUGAAAACGUCAUUUUCUAAAUUGCCUCAAAAGCUGUUAAAAUAAAGUCUUCAAUACAUGAAAUAAUUCAAUAAAAAAUAUUUGCACA